AUACAGAUCCAGAGUUAGCUAGGUAUGGCCGGCGACACAAUCACCUCUUUGGCGGACAGGUUCAACACCCAGCACACGAGCGCCCUUGGGAUUGAGCUGUUUGGUCACCCGCUGCUCAUAUCUCAGUCCGUCCUUGGACAGGAUCCAAAUUCCAAGCACGUUGGAACAACCGUGUGGGACUCGUCGGUGGUGUUUGCCAAAUUCCUGGAAAAGAAUUGCAAUCGCGGGCAGCUGAAUGGCGUCCAGAUGGCUGGGAAGCGCGCUAUUGAGCUGGGAGCCGGGUGUGGUGUUGCAGGACUAGCAAUGGCACUCAUGGGCUGCAAUGUGGUGUUAACUGAUCAGGUGGAGGUGUUGCCGCUCCUGCUCAAAAACGUGGAAAGAAAUGUGGCUAGGAUCAAGCUGGCUUCGGUCACGAGCACAAGCGAGUCCGUUGGUCUCGCGUUGCCGAACUAGAUUGGGGAAACAGCUGCCACAUAGCUGCAUUGGAACCACCAUUCGACUUUAUUAUUGGCACCGAUGUUGUGUAUGCCGCCCAGCACCUGGAGCCUCUGCUCACGACGAUUCUCUCCCUUUGUGGACCAAGGGCUACAGUCGUG